AUGUUAUCAGGAGAACAAUUUAAAAACAUUAACAAGGAUGAUAAACUUGAACUAUUAUUUUGUGCUAUUGAUGAUCGUCGAAUACCUGCUAAUAAAAUAGAAAAAUAUGUUCGUGAACGUAUUUAUAUUAACUAUGAAAAUAAAAAGUGGCAAGAUGUAAUCGAUGACAUAAAAACGUUCGAACAAACAAAUAAGUCUACUUUAUUCUCAAUUUUAAAAAUUAAAGCUGAAUUUCAAGAAUUUUGUCGAAAAGCACGUCUGUCCAUCAUUAAAAUGAUGAACGAUGGAGGUAAGCAUUGA